UUCCCGUCGUGCCUGUGUAAUGAAGCACAUGCGCACUGAAUUAAUCACAGCCAUUUUUUGCAGGAAACUAAUUAGCAGAAUAAAGAUCCAAAGACUUUUUUUUUCUUUUGCAAUCAGCAGCUCUCACUUUCAGCUCAGCCUCGCCUCUGCCGCUCGGUCUCACCGCCAUCCAGCUAGCCGCACUCCGAGCGGUUCUGUCGCUACCGACGCCAAGUCUCCGGAGCCGCCUGUCCCCAUACGGACUAAGCGACUCACCGUCCGGUUUCCCCGUCUGUCCGUUGAGCUUUUGCCACCGAUCGAACUCCAAAGCCACAAUGCGCCGCCGCCUGCAGCUCCCGAGCGCCUGAGCCAGGCGCACAGGCAAGGGAGGGGAAGGGGAGUCAGACCUUGGGCAUUACCGGACCACUACCGAAGCAGGAUCAGCAUCAACUGCAAGCUGGACAGCUACGUUACCGGAAUAGUUGGAGGACUGGGGGACAUCAUCAGCAUCACCAGAGGACACCAUACACUCUCUGUGUCGCCGCCGCUGUAGUCGCCACCUUCAUGGGACCGGGAGUCACUCGGGCUGCGCUCUGGAUUAACUUGCCACGCUUGCCCAGCGGCUGCUGUAUCUUCCGACCACAGGGUACAGUUCCAGACUUCCAACACUGUGAUGUGUUCGGUAUUGGUGAAAGGUGAGGGAGUGACAGCAGUGGCGUCUGCAGCUGUUUGUUUCUCUGCACAUGGCUAAGUACAGACUGAAGAACAGUGAUCUCACUUGGAUUCCACGCACUAGCCAACGAGAACAGGUACCUGAAGUACUGGAUGCAAUGAAAGCCCCAUGUAGUCCACAGUAUGGAAAGCUGUGACUCACUUGCCACCUCUGGAAAUGAAAAUGGGUGUGGCACCUCCCAGCGCCAGCAAUGGACUGAGCUUAACAACACCCAGCUCUCCACCCAGCCCUCAUCUAUGGAGCGUCCUGUCCCAGAGAACCUGAGGGCCACCUUUGAGUGUGGUCCAAACAGUGUUGUCUCUGGUUUUGGUGCCAGCAUGGAGGCUGCUGGCAAGGAGGUGAGCUGCAGCGAGUGUUCGGCCUCCUUUGGGACUUUGCAGAAGUACAUGGAGCAUCAUUGUCCAAACCCACACCAACCCCAUCUUCUUCGGGGAGAGAGUGGCAGUGACAUGAGUGAGGACGGAGACGAGGAAAGUGACGUGGAGAAUCUGGCAGGAGAGAUCGUAUACCAACCUGACGGCUCAGCCUAUAUAGUGGAGAAUGUCAGCCAGUUAAUCCAAAGUGGGGGUGUGGGCAGCAGCAGCAGCGUUCUCUCUCCUACUAUGUUUGUGAACUCUGUGCCCACUGCUGGGAACAAACAAGGGGACUGCACCUCCACAACACCUGUCUAUCCACAGAUCAUCAACACUUUCCACAUAGCAUCAUCCUUUGGGAAAUGGUUUGGCAACACGGACCAGACUUUUCCAAAUACCUCAACCCUGGCAGGUGUCAGCCCUGUCCUGCACAGUUUCCGCGUUUUUGAUGUGCGGCAUAAAAGCAACAAGGAUUAUCUGAACAGUGACGGGUCUGCUAAAAGCUCGUGCGUAUCCAAAGAUGUUCCCAACAAUGUGGACUUGUCCAGGUUUGAUGGCUUUGUGCUCUAUGGCAAGAGGAAGCCCAUUUUAAUGUGUUUUUUGUGCAAGCUGUCAUUUGGGUAUGUCCGGUCGUUUGUGACCCAUGCUGUGCAUGACCACCGAAUGACCCUAAGUGAAGAGGAGCGUAAGCUUCUGAGUAAUAAGAACAUUUCUGCUAUCAUCCAAGGAAUAGGUAAAGACAAGGAACCUCUUAUAAGCUUUCUGGAACCAAAAACCAAAACCCUUCAACACCCUUUAGUUUCCACAGCUAACCUCAUUGGCCCUGGACAGAAUUUCUAUGGUACGUUUAGCGGGAUUCACAUGGAAGGGGAUGAGGCUAUCCAAGCAAGUUUGGCUCUAUUAAAAGACUCUGAAAGCAGCAUAGGUGGAUCAGAGCAGCCUCAGUGCAAUCCCUUGGCACCUAAUGCCCUUCUUAACCUAGGUGGGCUUACUAGUUCUGCCCUAAAGACCCCAAUUACCUCAGUCCCUCUGGGCCACCUCACUUCCAGCCCGACCAAAAUGUUGGACAGUAGAGAGAUUAGUGCGGUGGACAGUGAAAAUCAGGAUUGUGCAGGUAAGCAGCAAGGCCUCACAGAUAAAAUAAGCCCUUCAGACCAACUGGAGGAAGAGGAGGAGGAGGAGGAAGAGGAGGAAGAAGAGGAGGAGGAGGAGGAGGAGGAGUGUAAACAACUUUUUUCCGAAGAACUUGAUGAUGAAAUGGAGGACCCUGAUGCCCAGUCAUGUAGCAGUAGAAAGGACUUUGCUCUCUCAAACCAAAGUAUUUGUAAAUCUCCUUUAAUGCCUAAUGUUCUCAACCCUUUGGCAAGGGGCACCAUGUCCACAACUUUGAAUUCUUCUUCCUUUGUUGUCUUCGAUGGUGCAAAUGGGAGAACUGCUUUGAGCUUUAACACUGAGGGAGUGGACAGGGAGAGUGCUACCGCCACUGCUGGCAUGGCCGAGAGCAGCAGGAGGGCGGACUUCUUAGAUGAAAGUGCCAAUAAAGACAGUGCCACAGCUCCUGAACCAAAUGAAAAUGCAGACAGUGAAGAUGGGAACUGCAGAUCCCAUUACCAGCACCCCAGUGACCCCUGCGAGCUCGGGGGUGAGGACUGUCCCUCUGGGAGUGGUGUUGAGUGCCCGAAGUGUGACACGGUCCUGGGUUCCUCCCGUUCACUAGGCGGACACAUGACCAUGAUGCAUUCGCGCAACUCCUGUAAGACACUGAAGUGCCCCAAGUGUAACUGGCACUAUAAGUACCAGCAAACACUAGAGGCCCACAUGAAGGAGAAGCACCCAGAGUCUAACGGUGCGUGCAUCUACUGUAAUACAGGACAGCCUCACCCGCGAUUGGCGCGAGGCGAGAGCUAUACAUGUGGUUACAAACCUUUCCGUUGUGAGGUUUGUAACUAUUCUACAACUACCAAAGGCAAUCUCAGUAUUCAUAUGCAGUCUGACAAGCAUCUCAACAACAUGCAGAACCUUCAGAAUGGAGGGGGGGAGCAAGUCUUCAGCCAUAAUGCUGGGGCAGCUGUGGCUGCUGCAGCAGCAGCAGCAGCAGCUGCAGCUAACAUUAGCAGCAGCUGUGGGGCUCCCUCGCCGACCAAACCAAAAACCAAGCCCACCUGGCGGUGCGAGGUGUGCGACUAUGAGACCAAUGUGGCCCGUAACCUCCGCAUCCAUAUGACUAGUGAAAAGCACAUGCAUAAUAUGAUGCUGCUUCAACAGAAUAUGACUCAACUUCAGCACAACCGGCACCUGGGCCUGGGCAGCCUGCCCUCACCGGCGGAGGCCGAACUCUACCAGUACUACCUGGCUCAGAACAUGAACCUUCCUAACCUGAAGAUGGACAAUGCAACAUCUGAAACACCAUUCCUUCUAGGCGGAUUCCAUUUGGAUCCCACCAGUGCAAUGGCAGCUCUUGCACCAGGAAUAGUUGGUGGUGACUUACCCCUAGACAUGCAUCUAGGUGGCGGGCCUUUGGUGUCUGAAGAGCUGAUGAACCUAGGUGAGACCUUCACACAAACCAAUGAUCCCACAUUGAAGCUUUUCCAGUGUGCGGUCUGUAACAAAUUUACCACGGACAACUUGGACAUGUUAGGUAUGCACAUGAAUAUAGAGCGCUGCCUGCCAGAGGAGGAGUGGAAGGCGGUGGUCAGUGACUCAUAUCAGUGCAAGCUGUGCCAUUACAACACCCAGCUGAAGGCCAACUUUCAGCUCCACUGCAAAACGGACAAACAUGUGCAAAAGUACCAACUGGUGGCGCAUAUCAAGGAAGGUGGGAAGAGCAAUGAAUGGCGGUUGAAGUGCGUUGCCAUUGGCAACCCAGUCCAUUUAAAGUGCAAUGCUUGUGACUACUACACCAACAGUCUAGAGAAGCUACGCCUGCACACAGUCAACACCAGGCAUGAGGCCAGCCUAAAACUGUAUAAGCACUUGCAACAACAUGAGAGCACAGUGGAGGGGGAAAGCUGCUAUUACCACUGCAGCCUUUGUAGCUAUUCCACCAAGGCCAAGCUGAACCUCAUCCAACACGUCCGCUCGAUGAAACACCAGCGCAGUGAGAGUUUACGCAAGUUGCAGAGGUUACAGAAGGGUUUGCCAGAAGAGGAGGAGGACCUGAGCCAGAUAUUCACCAUACGUAAAUGUCCCACUGUUGAUACAGAAGAGCUGACUGACGAAGCAGAGGGCCCCAAUGAAGUGGCUGCAGAGCCCGAUGAUGUGGCCAGGGACCAGUACUGCAAGGUGGACGUGGAACAGAACAGGCAGACUGCACCAAGUCAGAUGGAGAGAGAAUCCAUGGAUCGCUCAGCUACACCAAAGCGGUCUUCAAUAUAUAGUCACUCUGACCCUGCUGUCACCCCAAAACGGCCAAAGCACACAGAAGAAACAAAGGCUGAACAGAUGUACCAGUGUCCAUACUGCAAAUAUAGUAACACCGACAUCAACCGACUCAGGAUGCAUGUAAUGACACAACACUCUGUACAACCGAUGCUUCGUUGCCCCCUCUGCCAGGACAUGCUUAACAAUAAAAUCCACCUGCAGCUGCAUCUGACACAUCUUCACAGUGUAGCCCCUGACUGCGUUGAGAAGCUCAUCACAACAGUAACCUCACCAGAGAUGUUGCUGCCUAGUAGUCUGUUCUUGCCGACAUCCAUCUUAGAAAAAGAGGGGCAUCCCCAGACACCCGCAGUGACCAAUCCCAUUAUAGAGGAGGCUGCAAAACCACCUGAGGUGCCUGAUGAACCUGAGAAAAGUGCCAUCCUUUGUGAGAAUGUAGAACGCAACACAGAGAUGAAAACAUCUGUAGAUCAGACCUCAAUCAAAGAAGAUGCUGGCUUUCUCUGUUGGAAGAAAGGGUGCAGCCAAGUUUUCAAGACUUCCACUGCUUUGCAGGCCCAUUUCAAUGAAGUUCACACAAAGCGACCACAACUGCCUGUGUCUGAUCGUCAUGUUUAUAAAUACCGUUGCAACCAGUGUAGCCUGGCCUUUAAAACCAUUGAAAAGCUUCAGCUGCAUUCUCAGUAUCAUGUCAUUAGGGCGGCCACCAUGUGCUGCUUAUGCCAGCGGAGCUUCCGAACAUUCCAAGCCUUGAAAAAGCACUUGGAGACAAGCCAUUUGGAGCUGAGUGAAGCAGAUAUCCAGCAACUAUAUGGUGGACUUCUAGUCAAUGGAGACCUGUUGGCCAUGGGGGAUGUGUCACUUUCUGAAGACCAGGUAAUGAUAACAGAGGAUGAUAAGGAAGAAGAGAGUGACUUGGAGGAUAAGCAAAGUCCAGUUGGAAGUGAUUCAGGCUCCUUGCAGGAAGACUCUGGUUCUGAACCUAAAAGAGCUUUGCCAUUCAGGAAAGGUCCAAACUUUACCAUGGAGAAGUUCCUAGAUCCUUCUAGACCGUACAAAUGCACAGUCUGCAAAGAGUCAUUCACACAAAAGAACAUCUUACUUGUCCAUUACAACUCUGUUUCCCACCUGCAUAAGCUUAAGAGAGCGCUCCAGGAAUCUACCACAGGCCAGCCGGAACCAACUAGCAGUCCAGAUAACAAGCCUUUUAAAUGCAACACUUGCAGUGUUGCUUAUAGCCAAAGUUCAACUCUGGAAAUUCACAUGAGGUCUGUCCUGCACCAAACAAAAGCUCGAGCAGCUAAACUGGAAGCAACAACUGGUGGUAGUAAUGGAACUGGUAAUACCACCACUCUUUUAGGAUCCUCUACUCCCAGUCCAUGCCCUGUUAGCAGUAUCAACAGUAGUACAACUUCAGCCAUAAACACUACAAGCACAGUGGCCUGUACAACUCCAAGUCCUAGUGUGCCAACCAGUAUAGGCCAAGUACCUGUUGAACCAACUGUUUUGUCCACUCCAUGCGUCCACCCCCCUACCAAUAUUCCAUCACCAUCUGAGCCAAAAGAAGUGAACAGAAAGAAGUUGGCUGAUAUGAUUGCAUCUCGGCAGCAGCAGCAGCAGCAACAGCAGCAACAGCAGGCUCAGACUCUGGCACACAUGCAGGCUCAAGCUCAGGCCCAUCUACAGCAAGAGCUACAGCAGCAGGCUGCUCUUCUCCAAUCCCAGCUUUUCAACCCAACUCUCCUACCACAUUUUCCAAUGACUACUGAAACUCUUCUGCAGCUUCAGCAGCAGCAGCUGCUCUUUCCUUUCUACAUCCCUGGUCCAGAAUUCCAGCUGAACCCAGAAAUCAAUUUACCAGUGACCAGCACAGCUUUGAAUUUGUCAGGCCCAAGCCGUAGCUUGCUUGAAGACUUGAAACCCCAAGUUCAGCUGCAACACCAAAACCAUCAGUCACAUCCACCACAUGUUGUUCAGCUGCAGCACCAUCAGCAGCAACAAGGCCAGACCCCCUACCCACAGUCUCACAAUGCAAUACUCCAACAGCAAAAUCAGCAACCUGAAAAGAAACCCAAGCCUGUGUUUAAGGAGAAAGAGAAAGAAGUGCAGAAGGAAAAAGAGAAUGCUGAGCGAGUCUGGGAAAGUUCCUUUCAUAAGGAAGUUCCUUCUGAGUCUUCUAAGUCCAAAGAUAAAAAAGAAACACCACUUGUAAACAGCACUGAGCCUUUUUUACUUCCUCCUCGGAUAGCUUCAGAUGCAAGAGGGAAUGCCACUAAAGCCUUGCUGGAACAUUUUGGCUUUGAACUUGUCAUACAGUACAAUGAAAAUAAACAGAAGGUUCAGAAGAAAAAUGGCAGAAAUGAGCAGACUGAAAACAUUGAAAAGCUUGAGUGUGAGUCCUGUGGGAAGCUCUUCUCCAAUAUUUUGAUUCUUAAAAGCCACCAAGAACAUGUGCACCAGCAUUUUCUCCCCUUUAGAGAGCUUGAGCAAUUUUCUAAGCAGUACAGAGAGCACUAUGAUAAACUGUAUCCUCUAAGACCACAGACACCAGAUCCGCCACCUCCUCCUCCUCCUCCUCCACCUCCUCCUCCACCUCCACCUCCACCACCUCCUCCACAACCAGCACCUACUCCAACCAUUUCUACUGCUGUUUCACCCCUUACUUCUCCAACUAUCACCACUCCUCAGACAUCAAUGGCACUUAGUCAGCUUCCAAUGUCAAUGGACUUGCCUAUCUUUUCACCAUUAAUGAUGCCUUCCCUACCAUUACAGUCAAUACCAACUCAGCUGCCUUCUCAGCUAGGACCAGUAGAUCAGCUCAGUGCAGAUUUGGCCCAGCUGUACCAGCAACAGCUGAAUCCCAGCCUUCUCCAACAGCAGCAGAACAAAAGGCCACGGACACGAAUUACAGAUGAUCAGCUCAAAGUCCUCAGGCAGUAUUUUGACAUUAAUAAUUCACCAUCUGAGGAGCAGAUCAAAGAGAUGGCAGAUAAAUCUGGUCUACCACAGAAAGUAAUUAAGCACUGGUUCAGAAAUACUUUAUUUAAAGAACGGCAGCGUAACAAAGAUUCCCCUUACAACUUUAACAACCCUCCAACAACAAGCCUUGAAGAUAUUAAAUUUGAUUCAAGGCCUCCGUCUCCAGAACCACAGAGGCAAGAAUAUUAUGGAAACAGGAGAUCAUCUCGGACACGAUUUACUGACUACCAGCUGAGAGUCUUGCAGGAUUUUUUUGAUGCCAAUGCAUAUCCAAAGGAUGAUGAGUUUGAACAACUUUCAAACUUGUUGAACCUCCCUACUCGAGUUAUUGUUGUGUGGUUCCAGAAUGCUAGACAGAAAGCAAGGAAAAACUAUGAGAACCAAGGUGAUGGGAAGGAGGGUGAGAGGCGCGAGUUAAGCAAUGAUCGGUAUAUACGCACAAGCAACCUGAAUUACCAGUGUAAAAAAUGUAGUUUAGUAUUUCAGCGCAUUUUUGACCUCAUUAAACACCAAAAGAAGCUUUGCUACAAAGAUGAAGAUGAGGAUGAACAGGAUGAUAGUUACAAUGAAGAUUCCAUGGAUGCCUCUGAACUAACACCUUGUGGUUCUUCCUGCAGUACUCCCAUGCCUACCCAGGCCUGCAAUGGUCCAUCAUCAUCAUCAUCAUCAUCAUCGUCGUCGUCGUCAUCGUCAUCAUCAACUAAUGCAUGUGCACCUCUGCCUCACUUUCCAUCAGAAAAAGAUGAGACCCCCAAAGCUACCUGUAGAACUGAAGCUACAGAAGAAAAGCCAAAGCAGCCUGAACCUCCCUGUACGCAACACCAAAUCCAAGAAAAGCAAGUUCAGUCAAAGCAGGAAUCAGUGUCACAUGAGCAGCAGGAGCAGAAGGUGCCACCCAUGACACAGCAGAAGAUUCCACAGCUGUCUUCCCCUCCUACUGCAGCACAGCAACAAUGUUCUUUGCCACAAACCAGUCCCAGUCCCUCACAGCUACCCCAUCUUUCUCUCAAACCACUGCACACAUCUACACCACAACAACUCAGCAGCCUACCUCCACAAAUGGUCCCCUAUCAAUGCGAUCAGUGUAAACUUGCUUUUCCUACCUUUGAGCAUUGGCAGGAACACCAGCAGCUCCACUUUUUGACUGCUCAAAACCAGUUUAUACAUCCUCAGUUCCUGGACAGGCCUCUAGAUAUGCCCUUUAUGCUUUUUGAUCCAAAUAACCCAUUAUUAGCAAGUCAGCUGCUUUCUGGUGUUCUACCUCAAUUACCAGCUAAUUCUGCAACCUCUCCAUCUACUCCAACUUCCACUAUGAACACACUCAAAAGAAAAUUGGAAGAGAAGGCAAAUGUUAGCCCUGGGGAAAAUGACAGUGGAAAUGGUGGAGAUGAACCUCAAAGAGAUAAACGUUUAAGGACAACUAUUACCCCAGAACAACUAGAAAUUCUGUACCAGAAGUAUUUACUAGACUCCAAUCCAACACGUAAAAUGUUAGAUCAUAUUGCUCAUGAGGUUGGUCUUAAGAAACGUGUGGUGCAGGUGUGGUUUCAAAAUACCAGGGCUCGAGAACGAAAAGGUCAGUUUAGAGCUGUUGGACCUGCUCAAGCUCACAGACGUUGCCCUUUCUGUAGAGCUCUCUUUAAAGCAAAGACUGCACUGGAAGCUCACAUCCGAUCUCGGCAUUGGCAUGAGGCAAAGCGUGCUGGUUAUAACUUGACCUUGUCCUCCAUGCUUUUGGACAUGGAUGUGGGAUCUCAGUUAAAGGGUGAUGCUUUUGAGAUAUCUGCCUUUUCACAGCUACCACCAUCCAGCCAUGAUAUCCAGAAUCCUCCUCUGUCACCAGUUAGCAAGCACAUGGAUUUAUCUCCCAGACCACUGCUUAGUCCUUCCUGUUUGAAAAUGGAGGGCAUGGAUGAUUUUGAAAGCCCUUCCAUGUCUUCAGUCAACCUUAGCUUUGACCAGUCAAAACUUGAUAAUGAUGACUGCUCUUCAGUAAAUACAGCUAUCACUGAUACUACCACUGGGGAUGAAGCGAAUGCAGAUAACGACAGUGCUUCAGGAUUAGGGACGGAUAGUAAACUGGGAUUAGGACAGGGAGAUGGGCAUCAGAAGUCUGCUCCUUCAUCACUGAUGGAGAAUGAUGAUCGUAUGUCUUCAGGACUCGUUAGCCCAGUCCCCAGUUAUUACACCCGAGAGUUUGAAAAUGAAGCCACAAUAGACUACAGUGAAACAUCCAGCCUUGCAGAUCCUUGUUCACCUAGCCCUGGAGCAAGUAGUUCUCUUGGUAAGGGAUUUGAGAGUGGGGACAGGCCAGGGCAAAAGCGCUUCCGCACUCAGUUAACUAAUCUGCAACUUAAGGUCUUAAAAUCCUGCUUUAAUGACUAUAGGACACCCACCAUGUUGGAAUGUGAGGUUUUGGGAAAUGAAAUAGGACUGCCAAAGAGGGUUGUGCAAGUGUGGUUUCAGAAUGCUAGGGCAAAAGAAAAAAAAUCCAAGCUGAGUAUGGCCAAGCACUUUGGUAUUAACCAGACUAAUUAUGAGGGACCCAAAACAGAGUGCACUUUGUGCAGUAUCAAGUACAGUGCUCGGUUGUCUGUCCGAGAUCAUAUUUUCUCCCAGCAGCAUAUAUCUAAAGUGAAAGACACAAUUGGGAGUCAGUUGGACAAAGAAAAAGAGUACUUUGACCCAGCUACUGUCCGUCAACUAAUGGCACAGCAGGAGCUGGACCGCAUUAAGAAAGCAAACGAAGUCCUUGGGUUGGCGGCCCAGCAGCAAGCACUUCAACAACAGAGUGUCUUUGAAAACCCCCAGCUUCCAGCUCUUAACCUCCCCACUGCUUACCCAGCACUACAAGGCAUCCCACCGGUACUACUGCCUGGCUUGGGAAGCCCCUCUCUGCCAGGCUUUGCCCCAUCAAACUCAGCUUUAACAUCCCCAAAACCUAACCUUAUGAAUUUGUCUGGUACAACUAUCCCCUCUCCUGGCCUUCCAACUUCUAAUAUGCCAAAUAAGCAAGCUUCUUCACUAACAUCCCCUGCUGUGGCACAGACUACUACAUCAACACCACCCACGUCCCAGUCACAACAGCAGGAGCAAUGGAAAGAGAAAGAAACUGAGAAAUUGAGAGUGAAGGAGAAAGCUAAAGAAAAUCCAGAUUCUGUGGCACAAACUAAGAAGGAGAAAGGUGAAGCCCCAGCCAGCAUGUCUGUCUCUCUACCUGGUAUGGAAUAUGUAGUAGACCCUUCUCAUAUUCAAGCACUGCAGGCUGCCUUGACAUCUGAUCCAGCCGCUCUUUUGACCAGUCAGUUCUUGCCCUACUUUGUUCCAGGUUUUUCUCCUUAUUAUGCCCCACAGAUUCCAGGAGCCCUGCAAGCUGGCUACCUUCAACCAAUGUAUGGAAUGGAGAGCCUUUUUCCCUAUAAUCCUGCUUUAUCCCAAGCUCUUAUGGGACUUUCACCUGGUUCCUUGUUACAGCAGUACCAGCAAUACCAGCAAAGCUUACAGGAGGCCCUGCAGCAGCAGCAGAGGCAACUUCAGCAGCAGCAACAGCAGCAGCAGCAACAUCAGCAGCAGCAGCAACAGCAGCAACAUCAGCAGCAGCAACAUCAUCAGCAGCAGCAACAAAAACAGAAGCAGCAGCAGUUGUCCAAAGUAGGUCAAGCCCCAGUUCCCCAGCGGGCUGCUUCCCCAGAAAAACUUCCUGCCAAAGAGUCUUUACAACCUGAAGAUAAGAAGAACACACCCCAUGAAUCGUCCCACCAGAAACCCCAAGAGCAGCAUGAAGUGGAAGGCAAAGGCUCAGACUCACUCUUUGAUCCGUUCAUCAUUCCAAAGGUGCAGCACAACUUGGUCUGCCGCAAAUGUCAGACAGUGUUCAAUGAUGAAGAAACAGCUGUGAGUCAUUUGAAGUCAGUUUGCUUCUUCGGCCAGUCUGUGAUGAACCUGCAAGAGAUGGUGCUUCGUGUCCCAUCCAGCAGUGGUGGCACAUACCAUUGCUUGGCUUGUGAGACCAACCUGGGUGGGGAUGAAGCUCUUAGUCAACAUCUCGAGUCACCCUUGCACAAACACAGAACAAUCAAACGAGCAGCAAGAAACGCCAAAGAGCACGCUAGUUUAUUACCUCACUCUGCCUGCUUCCCCAAUCCUAACACCACAUCUACCUCGCAGCCUGCCGCUCACUUAAAUGACAGCCCUCCUCCUCACUCGUCAUCCUCCUCCUCCUCUGCCUCUUCAUCUUCAGUUUCCCCGCAUGCCUCCAUGAAGUCUUGGCCACAAGUUGUCUCCCAGGCUUCAGUUGGGAAGCCACCUUGUUUUCCUCCUCUCUCCUCAUCUUCAACGGUUACCUCAAGUUCAUGCGGCACCUCAGGGGUUCAGACCUCGAUACCAACAGAUGGGUAUUCUGACGAAUCUGACACGGAUCUUAGCCAAAAGUCAGAUGGCCCAGGUAGCCCAGUGGAGGGUCCCGAAGACCCCAGCUGCCGUAAAGACAGUAAUCUAACUGGUGUUGGAACAGAUACCUUCAGAUUGUAAGCUUUGAAGAUGGACAACUAAAAUUAAUGAAAAAAUAUUAACAAACCAAUUUCAAAAAAUUAAAGACUAACUGCAAUUCCAAAGCUUCUAACCAAAAAUAUAUAAAAAUGAUAUUGAAGGUUGUUGUCCCAUAUAAAUAUGCUGGGCCUGGUUUACUAAAACUGUUACAGUAGUUGUUUGGAAGGUACUGUUAGUCUUGAAGAAGAGGAAGGGAUUCUAAAGUCUUUGGAGUUUCAAACCUCUAACAAAUUUUCUCCGUUCAGUAAUGUCCUACAUUAAUAGCACAGUAGAAGCCAGCAUGUGGCGUAUCGGACAAUAACCUAAUCUGUUACAGUUUUCAAUUUCUUGCUAUCUUAGCAUUCAGAAACCAAUGGCUUGCUAAAAUGUAAUGUCUUUUUAUUCUCAGGUCAAAAGCUCACCUUUUGUUCUGUAUCCAGAAUCAUUGUUUUUAUAAAUAUAUAUAUAUUUUGUUCCAGAUAAGAAAAAAGUGUGUUUUUUAUUUAAAAGGGCAGAAAGUAUUCAUUCAAAAGAUUAAAGAAAAUGUGAACACUGCAUAGCUUUUUUGGGGAUUUCUGAAAUGGUGAGCUCUUCUUUAGAACAUGUUCUGAGGGCAGAAAUAAGCACUCCAUCCCACUUCAAACCACAGAGUGUUGAAGAAUUGUAGUUAAAAUAUGUUUUUUUAACUUUCUGUAUUUAUGAUAGCUAUGAACAUUUUUGGUGUUGAGUAGAUUGUUGCAUUGGAUAUGAAUUUAAAACAGUAUGGUAGAUUAAAAUGAAACUUUUGUGUACAUUUUAGCUUUUCAUAUUGUCUGACUGAAGGCUCUUCAUUUAAACGUUGUCUUUGUCUUUCUUGUAGGGUAGAUUCAAAUUCAUAAACUGUUCAAGGCUUUCUCCCCCCCCCCCCCCCAAAGAUUACCCUUCCAUUUUUUUCUUCUUUCUCUCUCUGUUUUGUCAAUUAUGACAUCCAGGUACACAGACUUUAAAUCCCUCUUGAGUGUUCACUUCCUUCUGUUGUUGUGUAAAUCUUUGUUUUUAUAAAAAACUAAAACAGUAAAUGCUUUAAAGUUGUUUAUAAUCUACUGAGUCCUCACCUUAUUUAUUUUUUUGCAGGGGGGGUGACAAGAUUUUUUUCAUUUACAGCUAUGUCUCUUACCCCUUGUACUUGCCAUUCCCUGUUUCUCUCUGUCUCUUCCUUUAGUAGGUGCUGAAGAGAACAUUUUCCUCCAAAGGAGACAGGCUUCCUCUUUUGUGUCUAGUGUUGAGUCUGUUUUGUUACCUCUCCUACUCUCAUUUACCUUUGCUUGUUUGUUUGGUUAUUUUCUGUCUUAGGGAAAAAGAAAAUUCACGCUUUAAAUAAAAUCCAAAGACAUACACUUUCACCGUUGGUGCAUAAAGAAGAAAAAUAAAAAAGGCAUCUUUAUACUUGAGGAGUUUGUUUUGAAUGAGUAAUAAGAACAUAUUUCACAUAGCAACAGUUAAAAAAACUCAGCAGCACCUGAGCUGUUCUUUAUGCUACUUCUGUUAAAUAAGAGGUGGCUGGUAAAAAAAAAUACCAAAAAGUAAUAUUUUUACUUGAGAGUUUCUCUUUUUGCUGUGGAGUAGGUGUGUUGGCAGCACCCAUUGUGGAGAAGAUAACUACAGUGAUUUUUUUUCCUUUGUUAACAAUCUUUCUUUCUAUUCCAGCCACUUUUAUUGUUGUGUUAUUGUUGCUCUGUUACAAAUGGUUUAGGGUAUAAACAUUGAAAGACGAGUCUUUGCUGCUACAGUAGUUUGGCUGUUCCUUUCUCUCUCUGUUUUUCUCUAGCUAUCUCUAUUUGUGUGUGUGUGGAAACAAAUAGUUACACAUAUUUCCUUUGCUGUUUAAGCUAAAGCUUUAAUUGAAAAUCCUUCCUACCAACUUCUGCUCACAGUUCCUUUCUCUCUUAUUCUCUCUCUUCUUUGUCAGUUUUACUAUUUUGUUGCAAAAGGAACUUUAGAAGACUGUGAAUCAAUGUUCCAUAGUAACAUUUUUGGCUGAAUAUGAACAUGAGCAUGUGUGUGUUUUUGUGUGUGUGUGCGUGUGUAUAUAUGUAUGUAUAUGCAGAAUUGUGUGUUAUAAAUGUA